CAUUUCAAUUCAAUCUACUUCUUGUGAAGGUUUGUGAUUGUGGAUAUUAUUCAUAAUGAAGAUACCUUCCAAUUUUCAAUGUAAUCAUUUCAUGUAUACAUUUUUCGUUAUUCAAUACUAUUUGAUUUAUUAAUGAAAUGGGAACUCUUGUUGGGCAAUGGUAUAAUUUGGGAAGUAAUUGUACUGGUUCUCUUGGAGACUUAAAUAAUUGUGGAUAUUCAUCAAACACCAGUGAGGAAUUCAUUCAACAAAACUGGGAUACUGAAUCGAAUAAUAUAUCAUUUCCGUCUUGGAUGUCCAAGAGUAAUCAUCAAACUAUGGAUCUUGAUGAAAGAUCAUUAAAAACAUCAUUUAUGAAUAGUCUUAUUUUAGAUAUGCAAGAUUUUUCGAAAACUGAUAUUUUUACAGAAACAUCGAAUAGUCAUAAUUCUGCAAAUUUACUUAGUUUAACACAAUUAUUGGGAUUAAGUCGUCUAAUGAACUUUAUUAUGUAUAAAUCUCGUCAAACUAAUACAGAUGCUGAACUUGUUGGAAAUGUCCAUCAACGUUCAUUUACGGAUUAUAUUUUUGCACAAUCUCAAUUAGAGCGAAAAGCUAGAAGACGUAGUCAUUACCCUAUAUUAAAAACUUUUUCCCAUUCGAAUUCAUUAAAUGCUAGUUUAACAAGUAUAGUUGAAGCUGAUCAUUUUGUACAUUCUAAAUGGGAUACAAUUGAAACUUAUUUCAGUAAACGAUGCAGACGUCGUCACUGUAACAGUGAAAGUGGUUUAUUCUCACUUGAAGAUAACUUAUCCUCACUAUUCUUACAUGAUAUUGAAUAUACUAAAAGUAAGAAUGAUAAUGAAGAAGAUAAACAAAAUCUAAGUACUAAUAUUACAACAUCAAUACAUCUAGAAGAAGCACAAAAUAUUUCAUCAACAAGCUUAGACUUGAAAACAAACAACUUUGGAGAGAUGGAGACAAACAAUGAAAAUGCUUGCUCACAUUAUCAAUUCGAAGAUGAUAAUUGCCUUUCACUUAUAAAUAAACAAAAUGAAUUAUUAUUAAUAAAUACAAAUGAAAAUGAUAAUCAAUUUUCUCUGUCAGCUGAAAAUCUAAAUCUUAAUUGUAUAAAUGAAUUACAAAAUGAACUAUCUUUAAUAAACAUUACAAAUUCAAUUGAAUCAAACAAUGAACCUGUAAAUAACAUUGUGAAUAAGCCAAUUACACGUUCAUCAACAUCGAAAAAUAAUAUGAAAUUAAAUAAAUCUGUAUCAUUUGCUGAUGAAGUUGGAAAAUCUUUAACUGAAAUAUUUACAUUAUGCGAUGAUGAUGAAUUAUAUAAUGGAUUUUCAGAAUUGGACACAUUGGACAAUUACAAUUUUGGAUCAAUUAAAGACUAUAAAUCAUAUGAUAAUCAAAAUAAACGUUCAAAAUUUCAAAUCUUUUACGGUGAUGAAUAUUUUGAUACUGAAUCACCGGGUAAAACUCAGAAUACAUAUGAAAACAACAAUAAUAAUAAUCAAUUAAUGAAAUUCAAUACUACUGAUAUUGAAUCGCAUUAUAUAUGGAGUUUAACCUUUUCUCAACCAGCUUCACGUUAUUAUGAAUUUAGACAAAAACUUGAAAAAUUUAUGAUUUCAUUAGAAAGUAUUAAUAUUAUACAAUCCAAUACUACUACCACUACUACUACUACUACUACUACUACUACUAAUAAUAAUAAUAAUAAUAAUAAUAAUAAUAAUAAUAAUAAUAAUAAUAAUAGUAAACCAUUAACGUCUUAUAUUAGAUUAAAGGGCACUAUAAAAAUAAAAAAUAUUUGUUAUGAUAAAUUAGUUUAUAUACGUUUAACUAAAGAUAAUUGGAAAACCUUCAUUGAUUAUCCAGCAAUCUAUAGUUCACAAUUAUCAUCUAGUACAUGGUCAAAUACAAAACGUUAUGAUACAUUUAUAUUUAAUAUUCUAAUAGAAUCAGAUCAACAAUCUUUUAAUCCAAAUGAUAAAAUUGAAUUUGCUAUUUGUUUUAUUGCAUUCAAUAAUAAUCAUAAUAAUGAUAAAACAGAAUAUUGGGAUAAUAAUAAUAAUGAAAAUUAUAUUAUAGAACAACGUAAACUUCAUCCACAUUUAAUCAAUAUAAUGAAUAUCAAUAAUUCACAAUCAUCUAAUCAAGAUGAUACACAAACAAAUCAAUUAUCGAUAAUCGAUAAAUCAUUAAAUAAUAACAAUAAUAAUAAUACUAAUUGUACUAUAGAAUAUAAUAUACCAUCUUAUACAUUAGAUUGUCGACCUAAUUUUGAUGGAUUUACAUCAUUUACAAAUUAUAGAGCAUGGAAUCAUUUCUCUGGUGAAACAAGUUAUUAUUAAUAUUCUAUGAAUGAAUAGUUAUUGAUUUAUUCUUGGUAUAAUUAUUAUUAUUAUUAUUAUUAUUAUUAUUAUUACUUUAUUUGUUUCGCCUUAUUAUUUUUUUCGCCUAAUAUUUCAUUGUAUAAUUAUAAAUGACAAUAAUUUAUUAAUUCAUGAGAAUAGCAAUGAUGAAAAAAAAUUUGUUUUUCAUUAUUUUUAAUGAAUAAUUCCAAUCGAUUUCAAAGUUCUCCUUCUUUUUUUUCUUUUCUUUUCUUUUUUGUGAAAUUCUUUUCUUUUUCUUUUUCCUUUUUUGUUUUACUGAAGGGAAAAAACAAUAAACUGCUAAUUUUUUUUAUUCUUCGUCAUGUAGAUGCCCUAAAAUUGUCUCCCCCCCUCUUCCGCUUCUUUUUUUUUGAAAGAAUUUUCUUUGUUCUUUAUUCAUUUCUUUUUUUUUAUGUUCUUUCUUAUUUUGUAUUUGAAUGUGUGUUUUGUUUUUCUCUCCUUCAUAUUGUAGUUCAAAUAGAAAAUAAUCGAGUUUUAUUUUUAGUAGGG